AUGUGCCGAGUGAGUGUAUUAGUGAAAUUUCAAUUAAUUUCUAUUUGGAAUAGGGCAAAAUGGUUUCCACUGUUCAGACUGCUGUCAUUGUGUGUGCCUGCCUUUAUGGUUCUCAUUCAGAAAGAGAAGCAUACUUGGCCAAAGUUUACAUUAUCCGAAGAUGUGAAGCUGUUGCUGCUUAGAUUCCUUCACUCUCUUAGAAGUGAAGAGAAAGUGUUAACGCCUGCCAUAACAGCCGACGAAUACAUCAUGGUUGCUGAGAAAAUCUUCACCAAAGACGUAGCGCUUGUUCCGGUACGUGAGUAUAGUGGGUAUUAUGUUUGCUUAAGUCAAGAAUGUGUUGACAAUCGAGCUGUUGUGGAUGAAUUGAUGGCCAUCUAUUUGGGAACAACGACAGUUACCAAGCCGGUGAUGGGCAAAAGUACUGCAGUAUCUCCAGCCAACUUCUUGAUGAAGCAGAAAAUCUUGCAGCAUCUAAUGCGUUCUUCAAUUGCACCUGUGUCAUAUAUGAACAAUAUGAAGGAGAAUUCGAAAUGUCGAUUGAUUGCGUUAAAAUACAUGGAAGCGUUCCUAUCAUCCGAUGAAAUGGAUUUGAGAUGGAUGCUCCUGCAAGCCUGCGGAGAUAGGUUGGUUUUUUAUGUCCUUUUCCUAAUCAUCGCCUUAUCAUACUUUUUCUAUAGUGGUGCUAAUAAUUUCUCUAUUUCAGAAGUGCCAUUGUUCCGAAUUGCGACGUGUUUCUCUGCCGUGUAUCCUCCCAACAAUCCUCCAGUUUCGCUUCUGAUGUCUUGUGUUCAACGAACGCGAGGAACGACUCGCUCCGACAUGGCUAAUGUUGCCGCUCACUUGGCGGCUUCCUUACUAGGCGACAAAGAACGGGAAACGAUGUUCCCUGCAGCUUUAACUGCUUUAGAGAAAACGGUAAUUUUAACGACCUUUUCUCUUUUUUUCUCCCGACGAAUAUAUUGCGUACUAUACUUUUUCACGAUAAGGUUUGUUCCUCUGCAGUUUUCAGUGCUUGCAUUGUCCGUUGCGAUUUUUAGAAUAUUUCAGGGUUUUGAAUUACCCUCAGAUGUUUUGGAGCGUAUGCUGUCCGUUUGUGAAAAAAUAGCUGUUUCACGAAAAGAUGCUGUUUCUACUAAAGCGCAUGAGGAGGCAAUACAUCUGUCAGCAGUGCUUUACUCUGUUGGAAAUGGUCCUCCUCAACCAGAAGUACAGCUUAUAGUGGGGUCUGCGUUGUUCGAUGUAGCGCUUGGGCCGUUCUCAACGUCUCGACGAAACAUGUAUACCACGCUGGAAGAAGAUUUUCAGGUAAUCAUUAUAUUUUCCAAAAUCUUCGACGAGAAGCUUUCAUCGUUGAGCCACCACGAACGGCGUUCGGCUUUGAUUUGGUUGCUCGUCGUCGUUCGAAGAAGUUACAAAGCUCGUGCUAACCUCCUGAAAGGGAUGUUGGACAAGAUUCAAACUGGCUUCGGUAUAGGUCUCGCCGAAAAUGAUGACUUUACGCAGGAUGUGGCUUCAAGUGGAAUCGGUCUGGUGUACGAGAUGGCAUCUGAAGAACAGAAGAAGGCCUUGGUUAAUGAUCUGAUUUCGAGAAUUUCCGAAGGGAAGCCUUUCUCGAAUACAAAAGUGGAUCCUAAUACAGAAAUCUUCAGCAAGGAUCAGCAUAUUACGGGGCCGGAUGGAUUCGGAAAAAGCUCGAAAGUGAAUAGGAUUAUAGAGCUAUGUUCGCUCGCCACAGAUCUCAACCAACCUGAUCUGGUUUAUAAGUUCAUGAACUUGGCAAGGCAUAACUCAGUCUUUGGGUUUUGUGGCUGUUUUGGAAGAGCUGGUACCGAAAUUGUUCAGGUCAGACAAUCGAUGCGCUCAAUUUGGUCUGUACUAACAGCAUCGCGUCGUGGUCUUGUUGAAGAGUAUGCGGACGACAUAGCUAAGGAACUUCAACAGCAGUUGACAAGCCCUGAAUGGCGCGUGCGAGAGUCCGCGUGCCUAGCUUUAUCGGACCUGGUCCAAGGCAACGAUUCCCGAUAUAUCCGUUCGAUCAUCCCUGACCUUAUGCUGACGGUUUUCAGACUUCGUGAUGACAUAAAGGAAUCCGUCCGUCUUGCCGCAAAUCGUGCCAUUGCCACCCUCGGAAAACUAGCUGUCCGUCUUUCCUCGGAAUCACCAAAAGGCCAUGAUCCACGGGUAUUUCUUAAUUCACUACUUCCUGUGUUGAUUCGGAAUGGAAUCCACUCGGAGAUCAAAGUUAAUAAGCAGUUCAGCAUUUCUAUUCUGCUGGAGCUGAGCAAAACCGCUGGGUCUCAACUUCGCCCUCAUCUUGCCGAACUCAUCCCAUCUCUCAUUGAUACCAUAAGUGAUGCAGAGCCUGCCAUUCUCAAUUACAUGGCUGCUCGCUCGAGCUUGGACGAAUUGGAAAUGUUGGAUGACGCGAGGGCAAAGAUGGCGCGUACUUCACCUAUGAUGACUGCUAUUCAAGACCUUAUUCCGCAGGUGAUAUAUUCUUCCGUCCACAAGGACAGCAUGUGCCCAACUACUCACAAUGCUUGCGCUCAGAGCUCCACAACUUCUGGGAGAUCACCAAGCCCAAUUUGCUCAAAAAAUUUCCUUAUAGACAAAUUGUUUAAUGCUCUUAUAUCCGGAACACGUGAUCGCAAUCCUUCCGUACGGAAGCACUUUGCAAGCGCAGCCUCUUACAUGGCAAAGUACGCCUCAACCUCAUCAUUUGAAGCACUUAUGCGGACUGUUUUGAAGGAUCUUCUUUCAGAUGAUGAAUCCAUGAAACAGUCUGCAAAGCAUGUCUUGAAAAGCUUAUCCGCAAACUGCUCUGAGCUUCUUCAAGGUUACUCCAAACUGGUGGUCCCCUACGUGUUUAUGGAGACUUGUCAACUCGUUGUCCGGGGCGAUGAAGCUUCCAAGAAACGUCAGGAGGAGUGGUGUGACCUAUGGAAUGAAAUUGUGCCUAGUACCGAAGCAGCCGUUCGUAUGUACCGUGAAGAGAUACUCUCGUUCAUCUUGGAUAUUCUGCAAAAUAAUGAUGUUUGGUCUGUUCGAGCCCAAGCCGCUCGGAUGCUUACGGAAACAACAAAACAUCUCCAAGAUCGAUUAGAAGGCAAAGAUGCAGGUGCUUACUUUGAUUCAUCCUUGCUUUCCUCACUUCUUCCUAUGCUUUCUGGACGUAUUUGGCAAGGAAAAGAGGAUCUGCUUCUAGCCGUCGGAACGAUCUUUUCAUGUGCUGGACCUUCACUCCGCAAGACGUGGACUGAUAAAGAGGUCGAAGAGGUGUUUGCUAUCUUGAGCAGAGAGGCGUCAAAGAGGAAAAAGGAGUAUGCUUCUGCUGGUCUACAAGCAUGUGCUCUAUUUUCCCGCAGUCUUCCAUACCCAAAAGGUACGCAGUGGUUGUUGGAGAAAAUCAGUGACAACGUGCGGAAGGCUCUCGAUCCAAGGUAA